AUUCAGCCACAGAUGGAAGGAAGACUAUCUCAAGGAUCUCCAUAAGAGAUAUCGAUGGAAAACGGCCCAGAAGGAAACCUAUGCAGGAGAAUGCGUCAUCAUAGAGGACGAAUGCCUUCCUCCAACAGAAUGGCGACUAGGCCGCAUUGAAAAGUUUCAUCGAGGACCAGAUGGUCACAUACGAGUAGUCGAUGUUCGAACAGAAACCGGCAUAUUAACUCGACCAGUCACUAAACUGUAUAUUCUUCCAAACAGCGAAGAACAACUUCAACCAAAACCGUAAAAUAACUCGCAAAAUUAAUCGAAAAAUAAUAAAUCAAUUCCGCUAAUUCGAAAUUAACCCGCUUUAUAAUCCGUACAUAAAAGUAAAAUCAAACAAGCGCGUUGAAGAUCAACCUAUUAUACAUAUACAUAUAAAUGGACGUAGAGGAGACCCAAACCACCUCCAACACCGUAAGCUCCGAAAUCGCUGCACCCAAAGCGUCGACUGCACCCGUUGCCGCUCCAAGGACCAAUGUUAUGCGCCCACCGCCAUCCGCCGCAUCAAUCAGGGGAAUUAGAGAAGAGCAGCUAAUGGAGCCGCAGGGGCCUCCAUGUUGCAGUCUGUGCCAUCGCCCACACGUCCUGAAACGAUGCACCAUCUUUCAAAGUAUGAAGCCCGCUCAACGACAACAGGUUGGAAGGGCCCACGGGCAUUGCAUGACCUGCCUGGCAGAUGACCACGCCACCAUAGAGUGCUGGGCCGACGGUGCCUGUCAAUAUUGUCAAAGGCCGCACCACACUCUGUUCCACCGAUUUCCCACACGAUCCAAUCGCACCAACUCCCGUACCAGACCACGCAGCGAUCCUAUCCGGCGACGACGACGCACCCAACCAACCACCACACGUACACGGCCAUUUCCGCCACGCCACGCUCAUCGCCAGCAACAACGACGCUCAACAGGGUUGAGCGCUGCACUUAGUACACUACAACAGCUGCAGAGGCUCCUAGCCGAUUAA